AUGGUAAAGUUGAUAUGCGCGAUCGUUGGUACGAAAGAAAGCGUAUUUCCUGUGGAUAUUGACAAGAGACAGUUGGUGGGGGACUUAAAAGAUGCGAUCAAGGCGAAGAGGAUGUACCAGUUUCCGGCGGAUGAACUGCAGCUCUACCCUGCCAAGAUGGUAGAGGGCAAGUGGCUGGCCUCGAGCUCGGACGAUGUAAAACAGCUGAAGAAGGGCGAGAAGACUCAUCACGUUGUAGAGUUAAUGAAAGAAGACCAAAAGCUGCAAGGAGAGGACUAUAUUUCUGAUCUCCUUGAAGGUAUGGAGGACCCAGUAGGGAGACAGAUUCACGUGCUGGUGGUGGUUCCUGAGCAAUUUACGGCAGUCGGUAACGAAAGGAAGCGGCAAAAGGUGGAUGAAGACGCGUUGGACGCUUGGAUAAAUGCAAUCAAGAAUGAGCAGGUUACAGUACUACCAUUGACUUGUGAAGAUUUGAAAAAGUAUCUGCAACGCCCGCUUCGUAUUAAAAUUCCUAUCUAUGAACGGUAUUAUCGGGUUAUUUUUUCAAAUCACGACAUUGGAAACUGUGCUCGCGCUUUCGACAAACUAUUUGAAUCCGAACCACGUGACAAAGUUGGGGACAAAAAUAUUAGGAUUGUGGGAAAUUUUAUUGAUUCUCCCAGCAUUAGGUCCGGAACUGAAGCGACAUACCAUUACACGUGGGAUAAUCUCAUUGCGACACUUCUGGAGAGUGUGAUAAACGGGAGCUAUGCUCGCAACACGAACGCGUUUACUUUUACUGGCCUCUAUCGACCAGACUUAUGCUUUUACUACGGCACUAGCAAUGUGUGCGUGUUUCGCGGGGAAGAAAAAGCAAAUGGAGCGUUGGACGUGCCGAUCAAAGAAUUGCACGAGAAACUGGAAUGGAUUUAUGACGAUGCGCCAUAUAUUUUUGGCUACGCUGCUGUGGGACUGGAAGUGUGCUUGGUAACUAUUCGGAAAGACGAUAUGAUGGAACGUGGCGCAAAAGUGGAAACCAUCGAAACGUACAAUUUGAAGCAUCUCAGUAGCCGGCUUUCGUUUUUUCUCGCAUUGCUCAAUCUUUCGACUCUUUUCCGACCAGUUGUGGAUCUUAUUUACAAUUGGCCGCUAAGCAUACGCGAGUACGGCACUAUCGAACGAGGCAAUGGUGUGCAGAUAUCGUUUGCACAGAAUUGUGUGGUGAAGACGUAUCCCUCGGAUAUGCCAAGUGACAGCAUCAUUCAGAACUUGAAGGAAUUACAGCGUAGAAUGAAGGAACGUUCGGUCCCGAACGUUGUGCAGCUUAUGGGUGAAAACAAGAAGAAAAGACACGUAACGCUUUAUCCUGUUGGUCGACUUGCUGCACCUGAAAACGUUCACCAGCUCCUGACGGCCUUACGCGAUAUACUCAUGGCGCUAGUGGCACUGCACGCAAUUAACAUUAUGCAUCGCGACUUGAGAUGGGAUAAUGUGCUGAAGUACCAAGGUGAAGAUGACAAGUGGUUUCUGAUUGACUUCGACGACGGAGCACUGUCACCGGCUGCAAACGUGAAACAUUUGAAGGCGGAAUCGCAUGCUCCUGAAAUACUGUCGUGUCCGUUCCAUACGGUCAAGGUCGACAUUUGGAGCGUGGGCUACCUCAUUCAGACGUCGACCAUCUUCGAUCUCCCGGCUAAGCUGGAGACAAUCAAAGCAGAGUGUUUGCAGGAGAUUCCGGAGAAGAGACCCACGGCAGUAUCACUCUUGAAGGCGAUUGAAGAGCUAUUAGGAGCUGCAUAA